CAUCUAUGGGAAGUUAACGGUAACUGCUCUCACUCACGUCUUCCUCGCCUGUUACAUCCCGUUUCCUCUUCCUCUGAACGUUUUGUGAUGUACAUGGAUAAAAAAAAAAUCCGCUUUCACUUACCUAAGGGCUUCAUUAAACACCUCCCAACUGUUACUGUACAAAUAUUUUCAGUUUAGGUGGUGUAUUGUCUUUUUCUGCGUUCCUUUGUCACGCUUAUCUAAGUCAAUAAAGCAGCCUUAAUUUAUUUAAGCACCUUUGUUUAGGAUCACCGAUAUCAGACCUGUGCACUGCACAUGAACUGGUUCCACUUGCUUCACAGAUAUAGAUUGAUCAUGUGCUUUCAGAGACUUCUUUUCCCCCAAGAUAAAGCACGCAAUGGGGAAGAUGCAUCUCUCUAAUCCAGUUAGUUGUGCAUCACUCAUUAGCUUCCCUGUAUAUGUUUGAGUUGCUCUGCUCCUGGUAACCACCCAGUCUGAAUCAGUGAAUAAAAAUAGUUGCUUUUUAAAGCACUCCUGUGGCUCCCAGAUGGCUGAAAUCCAGGGACAGCACAAGCACAAGAUGUAGCAUUCACGCUCACAGACACUUGAGUGACAGUAACUCACUGUGGUUUCCCUAAUAGCUUUUAUCAGCGUCGUUUCCAAAUCAGGUCAAGAAACAGUAUAUUUGUGGACUCUUCAGAAAUGACCUUAAAGAGUGUGUCCAUGGGUCAUGGUAUUGCCGUGCAUGCUGUGGGCUGUGCGUAAACAAGGCUGGCAGGGACUUGUUUGGUACACAGAGAGGAACAGAUGGUUUGCCUAUUGUAGUGAGGCCUGCCGCUGAUGAGCUAAAGUCAUUGUUAGGGAACUGACUUGGUCUCAUUACUAUCCAUAGUCUGCUGCACAAUAUGUGCUAUUAACUGGUUGUAUAUUGACCUUAAUAAAUACAGAUGGUAGUAAUAAUAACAAGCAUAGCUGAAACUGGGCCAUCUGGGGUUACUACACAUGCAAGUACGCAUGAUCCAAAUUUAGUAACAGUCUGUGUUAUCUACCUUAAACAAAAUUGUCCAUUUCUAAGUUAUUUUUGGUAAACAAUAUUCUAUUUUACAUGUUGAGCACAUUUAAUCAUGUUUGUUUUGUAAACGGUCCUGAUGGUUUUCCUUUUACAAUAAAAGAAAAGUAGCAGUUGCUUAACUGACUUAAUUAUUUAGGCCACGCUUCCUUUACUUCUGUGCACACCUACUUUAAAUGAGUUCAGUGUGGCGCAUGUACUCGGUUAAGCCAGUUAGCCUGACCUUGUCCUGCUCCGCAGAUAUCAGGACUCAGUUCUGGAGGAGAGCGUUGCAGCGAGGGACCAGCAGCAUUCGAAAAAUGGCCCCCGCCGAGAUGCCCGGCUCUUCAGGCAUGAGUAUGAAGAAGACCAUUGGACACCGGGGCGUUGAGACUACCACAGGAGAAACUACUUACAAAAAAACUACGUCAUCUGCCCUAAAGGGAGCAAUCCAAUUGGGCAUCGCUCACACAGUUGGCAGCUUAAGUCAAAAGGCGGAGAGGGAUGUUCUCAUGCAGGACUUUGUAGUUGUUGAAAGCAUCUUCUUCCCGAGCGAAGGCAGUAACCUGACCCCUGCUCAUCACUACAGUGACUUUCGCUUUAAGACCUAUGCUCCUAUCGCCUUUCGUUACUUCAGGGAACUGUUUGGCAUUCGGCCAGAUGACUACCUGUAUUCUCUGUGUAAUGAGCCGCUGAUCGAGCUGUCGAACCCCGGAGCCAGCGGUUCCCUCUUCUACGUCUCCAGUGAUGAUGAGUUUAUCAUCAAGACUGUCCAACACAAAGAGGCAGAGUUUCUCCAGAAACUGCUGCCUGGAUACUUCAUGAAUAUAAACCAAAACAAGCGCACCCUGCUGCCUAAGUUUUAUGGACUGUAUUGCGUUCAGGCAGGCGGUAAGAAUAUCCGUAUUGUUGUGAUGAACAAUCUCCUGCCCAGAAUCAUCCCCAUGCACCUCAAGUAUGACCUGAAAGGCUCCACCUAUAAGAGACGGGCUUCCCCUAAGGAGAGAGAGAAGGCCGUCCCCACUCACAAAGACCUGGACUUCAUCCAGGACAUGCCUGAUGGCCUGCUGCUGGAAGCAGAAAACUACAAUGCUCUGUGCAAGACUAUACAGAGGGACUGCCUGCUCCUGCAGAGUUUCAAGAUCAUGGAUUACAGUCUGUUGAUGGGCAUCCACAACAUGGACCAGGCCAGCAGAGAAAAGGAGCGUAGUGGAGGCAGUUUGGUCGACAAUACGGGGUCUGAAGGAGCAGUGACCCCAGAUCAGCGCCGACCACAAGCCCAGAAAAGUCUGUAUUGCACUGCCAUGGAGUCCAUCCAGGGGGAGGCUCGAGGGAAGGGAGCUUUGGAUUCAGAAGAUCACAUGGGUGGUAUUCCUGCUCGCAAUAGCAAAGGAGAGAGGUUGCUGAUCUACAUCGGCAUCAUCGAUAUUCUCCAAUCUUACAGGUUUAUUAAGAAGUUGGAGCACUCCUGGAAGGCGCUGGUCCAUGAUGGGGACACAGUUUCAGUUCACAGACCUGGCUUCUAUGCAGAGCGCUUCCAACAAUUCAUGUGCAACACAGUGUUCAAGAAAAUUCCACUUAAACCAUCACCAUCCAAGAAAAGCCGCGGUGGAGGUCAGGCAGGGCUUAGGAGGGCGCCCACUCUUGGAGCACCCACACCGCUCUCCCACGCGACAGGACAGUCAUCUGUGGAUUCCAGACUAGUUUACCACUCCCAUUUUAAAAGCACAGAGUCCGAGGCGGACAGCGGUGUGCAGUCAGGAAGGCCGGAUCUGGUUCCUCGGACUCCUCCGCUGGUAGACAACCCUGCAGACUGCGAGGCCAAUCUGUCCACCUCAUCACAAGGCAGCACAGGAGUUGUCUCCACCUCUCCUCCCCUGCGCUCUGUAGGCGUGGAAGUGCACAAAUCGGCAAACACGGACUGUGACCAGGCUGUUUCCCACAGUUUGGGAGUAGAAGGGGCUGCAGAUAAUUCAGGCAACCUGUCUGGAAAUGAAGAUGUAGUUUCUCUGUCGGACAUCGUCCCUGAGACCAACAUCUGUUUCUAAAAACACUCCCAGCAAUGAGAGACUUCUGGAAACGGCGAGGUGGGUAGAAGAAAGGCAAAAUGAACUGGAGUCAGUCAUCCACCGCAGACCCUCCAUCGCUCCUCUGCUGUUUUGUGACCUCUGCAGUUUAUACAGUAGCCACCGAAUAAAACAGCAUGGUUUGCGACCGUGAGGAAAGCAGUGAUUUGGACCAUGUUGUGCGGUAGGCUCCAGACUUCCCCAGCCAUCAGCACUGUCACUGUGUGUACAUAUUUGUCCACACCUAUCCAAAACUGUCCGAUACACACUCAGAAAAAGGCGUUCGGCCCUGAAUUGAAGAUUUCCCUUCAUGUCCGACUGCAGCAAUGAUAUAAUAAACAAUAUAAUGAGUUGUAUAUUGUAUUGAAAAAGAAAUAACAAAAAAAGAGGUCAUCUUCACUAUCACCAGUUGAUCAUGGAAGGCAGUCAAAUUAUCCCUUGAAGAGCCAGUCAUCCUGCCCACUAUCCACAGCAUGAGGAGAUGUGGGUAGAAGUGGGCAGGGACGGUUCAGCAGGAACACACACACAAAAGCACAUGAAGGGCAUAGCCUACAUAGGAGGAAUGAAUGUUACUGUGCGUUCGUGGACAGUCUAGGUGGGUUCACAUUUCCGUGACUCCCACUCCGGCGUACCUGUUAUUGCACAUCCAUCUCCCCUCAGCACUCUAAGCUAUCCAUGGCUCCCUCACCGCCAUCGAUAGAAAUCCUUCAAAUCAACACCUGCUGCUGUCGACUCUGUAGUCGUGUUUGCGUUUUUCUUUACCGAUUGUACAGUAUUCAUUUAAAACAGCAGAGGGAUGGGGUUUUAACCUGACCUAUAUGGUCAUUUUUUUUCUUAUAAGUUAUUUUUCUGGAAGCCUCAGUGGUGCCACAUAGAUCUUCCCACUGCUGAAUGUACAUUGUAGUGUUUUUCCGCAUAAAAAAAACGUGUCUUAUUUAGGGAUGGGUAUCGAUAAGAUUUUCACGAUUCUGAUUCCAUUUUCGAUUCUGUUUAACGAUUCGAUUCUUUAUCGAUUCUCUUAUC